UACUUUUUAUCUUAAAUACAUUUCAUUGUGAGGUUAAGUCACCACAUAAUUAGAUCGCAUUUGCGUGUAUAAAUUUGAUUUGUCACUAAACAAUUUCACUUUUUCCAUUUAAACGCUAACAAUUACUGACUUGUGGCGCUAAAAGUGUAGUUUUUUUGUGUUAAAUUAGCUAUAUAUUUCCGCUGUCUCAAUUUUCAUAUUUUAUUUUAAUAUUUUCAUUUAUAUCGACCACAAUAAUAAUAAUAAUAAUAAUAAUACACAUACACAUACACAAUCAAGGUCUCGACUGUGUGACAAAAAAUAAUUUACAAAAAAAUCGAAACAAAUAGAAAAAAAAUGUACAAAAUAAAAAAAAAUAAGAACAAAACAGUCAUUUGCUCUCUUAAAGUCUAAAGUUCGUCUUGUAUAUAAACAUACACAUUUGAACUGCAUUUGUUGCACAUUGUUUUUCUGAGAUCUUUUGUAUUGUUGCACUUUAUAAUAUUAUUUCUUUUUAAUUCAUUGUGAUAUGUUGUGUACAGAGCAUGUUACAAACACAAUUUCCCGUGGGAUUAAUAAGGUUUUUCUGAUACUGAUAUAUAGGUGCAUAUAAUAGGCAUCAAGUUGCAAAGGGGGCGGUAAUUAAUCUUGAUUAAUCAGCGCAGGUGUCGUUCAUUUACCGCCUGGUCCAUAAAAGCCGCGAGCGCGACUCGCUCGCCAAAGAACCGACAGAAAAAAAAAAAAGGAAAAAUCCGCGCAGCUCAGACGUGUCUGCAACUGGAACAUGGCAAAGGAGAAGACUCACGUGAACGUGGUGGUCAUCGGCCACGUGGACAGCGGGAAGUCCACCACCACCGGUCACCUGGUCUACAAGUGCGGAGGCAUCGACCAGCGGAAGCUGGAGAAGUUCGAGAAGGCCGCGGUGCAGAUGGGCAAGAGCUCCUUCAAGUUCGCCUGGGUGCUGGACAAGCUGAAGGCGGAGCGCGAGCGCGGCAUCACCAUCGACAUCUCGCUGCUGAAGUUCAACACGCAGCGCUUCAGCAUGACGGUGAUCGACGCGCCCGGGCACCGAGACUUCAUCAAGAACAUGAUCACCGGAACCUCGCAGGCUGACGUGGCUCUGCUGGUGGUCUCAGCGGCUAAAGGGGAGUUUGAGGCGGGCGUGUCCCGGAGCGGUCAGACCCGCGAGCACGCCCUGCUGGCCUACACGCUGGGCGUCAAGCAGAUGAUCGUGUGCGUGAACAAGAUGGACCAGACGGAGCCGCCGUACAGCCAGAAGCGCUUCGACGAGGUGGCGCGAGGCGUCCAGGGCUUCCUCAAGAAGAUCGGCUACGAUCCCGCCACCAUUCCCUUCGUCCCCAUCUCGGGCUGGACCGGAGAGAACAUGAUCACCGCCACUCAGCGGAUGCCCUGGUUCCAAGGAUGGAAGGUCCGACGCAGGGAAGGAAACCGAAGCGGGAAGACUUUACUUGAGGUUCUGGAUUCCAUUCAGCCGCCGGUCAGAACCAUCAACAAGCCUCUGAGGCUCCCCCUGCAGGACGUCUACAAGAUCGGAGGAGUUGGGACGGUUCCAGUGGGGAAGAUCGAGACCGGCGUCCUCAAACCCGGCAUGACCCUGAUGUUCUCGCCGGCCAAGCUGACCGCAGAAGUCAAGUCCAUCGAGAUGCACCACCAGGGUCUGGAGACGGCGCUGCCCGGACACAACGUGGGCUUCAACAUCAAGAACGUCUCGGUGAAGAACCUGCGGCGAGGAGACGUGGCGGGAAACGCCCAGCACGACCCUCCGUCCGACGUCCGGAGCUUCGAUGCACAGAUCAUCGUCCUGAACCAUCCUGGCAGAAUCAAGGCCGGCUACUCUCCGGUCCUGGACUGCCACACAGCCCACGUGACCUGCCGCUUUGCCGAGCUGAAGGAGAAGCUGGACCGCCGCACCGGGAAGAAGAUGGAGGACCGCCCCCAGCUGCUUAUGUCGGGAGACGCCGCCACCGUCACGCUGGUCCCCAUCAAGCCUAUGUGUGUGGAGAGCUUCUUCACCUUCCCACCUCUAGGUCGCUUCGCUGCCAGAGACCUGAAGCAGACGGUCGCCGUCGGGGUCAUAAAGUCUGUGGAGAAGGACCUGGGAUCCAAGCACGCCAAGGUCCAAACGUGUAAAUAGAUUGUGUACCAGUCUUCUGGUACUUGUGCUUUAUGUUGACGUUUUUAUAUUUUUAAAGCCAGUUUUUGUGUUGACGCACAAAGUAUUUAUGUUGAACUUGAGAAGGAGGGUCCCUGUGUUGGAUCCUAAAGAAGCUGCAGAGAUGGACGCUUUAUUUCGGUUAAAUGUAAGACGAACAUUUGAGGAAAAUAAAGACUCUGGAUGACAAACUUGUGUGUUCACUGCUCAGAACUAGAGCACAACCUCUGGUGCCCUUUGAGUGUCUCUAGCAUCGGCUAUAUGCUUCAAUAGAAGUGUCGAUCACUUCUCCAAG